AAAACUGCAUAGUUUCCUAGGAAUGCGAAGCGAGGCGGCCAUCUCUGUCGGCGCCGGUGCCGGUGAGGCGGGUUGCAGGAGAGUAUUUAGAAGUUGAGGUUUAGCAAAAUGUUUUAAAAGAUAUGCGAAGAAAAAUAUGUAAAAAAAAAAAAAAAACGAUAUAUAUACAAGGGACACGACACGACGUCUGACUGCUACGCCAUCUUGGAUCCUUAUCCCGGUGGAACCAGAUUGAUUGGUGUUCACGCAGCUAUCAGGUUGGUUUUACCAGGCUAUAAAUCCCUAGGGGGGAAAAAAAUGUUUUACUGGAAUUGGUUGGAGUUGAACGUUUUUUGAUAAAAGUUAGGUCUUAAAAGUAAAAUGCUGAUAGCUAAUAGGAUACGACACCGGUAUCUAAGUCACAGAUUUGGACUAUAAAAAGGAUUUUCCUUAGCAUAUGAAGGAUUAUCUCACUCUUGUAAAUUUGAAGUAAGUUAAAUUCACAGAAGGCUGCUGAAGGGAGAACAGCUCAUAAUAAUGGCCAUACUGGAGCAAAUGGAAUGGCAUCAAACACUUGCAAACCACAUGUUUGAUGUAUUUGAUACCAUUCCACUGAUUCCACUCCAGUCAUUACCACGAGCCUGUCCUCCCAAAUUAAGGUCCCACCAACCUCCUGUGGUAAAUUGUAUAAUGUUGAUUUGCUUGCGUCGUUUUGAAACUCCCAAGCGGAUUUAUAGUGAAACUAAAUUAUUUUGGGGCACGACAUUUAGAUAUGAAAAAAAAAGUUGUAUAACUAGGGAACGGACAGUGCAGAAUGGUUAUAUUCCUUCUAACUGUUCUUCUUAAAAAUCCUGUUUCUACACGUGCUGAAUCAUGCUUGCUGACUGUGGGACAGUAGAGUUAAACAUUAAUUUACCUUGCAUAAAGGCUUCUCUGACAAAGCACCUUCUUUCUGAAGCUCCUCAAACAGAUAAUUGCUUUGCUUCUUGAACAUGGUUGAUUUUGGCGAGAUCCUGAGGUCCAUUGGAGACUUUGGAUUAUUCCAGAAGCUCAUACUAUUGGGACUAUGCUUCCCGAAUCUUGUCCUGCCUUUCCACCUGGCCAGUUUGAUUUUCAUCCAGUCAGACCCUGAGCGCCACUGUAACACUGACUGGAUACUUAGAGCUGGUUCCAAUCUGAGCAGUGAGGAACAGCUGAAUCUGACCGUGCCCCGGCAGGAGGAUGGAACCUUCAGUAGGUGCCUGAUGUUUACCCCUGUAGACUGGGACAUUGACAUCAUCAGGGAGCAUGGACUCAAUCAGACCACUGACUGCCAGAAUGGAUGGGAGUACAACAAUAUAGUGUAUGAAGCCACCAUAGUCACUGAUUUUGAUCUUGUCUGUGGCAAAGCUAACGUUGUCGGACUUGCACAAACUGUGUUCAUGGCUGGCAUUCUUCUUGGUUCACUCUUGUUUGGACCUUUUGCUGAAUCAUUUGGUCGCCAACGAGCAACUCAGAUACCCAUGGUUAUUAUGCUCAUUUUUACUGUAACGACAGGCUUGUCUCCAAACUUUUAUUUGUAUAUGGCAUCCCAGUUUUUAGUAGGGAUCGCAUAUGGUGGAUUUCGAAUCAACUGCAUUGUAUUAGCAACUGAAUGGGUCGGAGUGACAAAACGUUCUUAUGGGUCUUGUUUGAGUCAGACGUUCAGUGGAGUUGGCCAGUGCAUCCUUGCUGGCAUGAUCUUCUUCAUCCGAGACUGGAGACUUGCCCAGUUUGUCAUGGCUGUACCAAUAGCAGUGGUCACAGUGUACAUAUGGUUCUCGUUAAACCUCUCCUACUACUCUCUGUCCUUUAACGUUGGAAACUUUGGCCUGGACAUCUUCUUGACACAGCUCAUGUUCGGACUCACAGAGAUACCAGCUGCAGGUACUGGGAGACUAGUAAGGAUCGAGGGAAAGAUGAACAGAGCAAAGUACAGAGAGAUCCUUGAUGAAAACCUGCUCCAGAGUGCUCAGGACCUCAUACUGGGGCAACGGUUCACUUUCCACCAGGACAAUGACCCUAAGCACACAGCCAAGACAACGCAGGAGUGGCUUCGUUACAAGUCUCUGAAUGUCCUUGAGUGGCCCAGCCAGAGCCCGGACUUGAACCCUAUCAAAUAUCUCUGGAGAGACCUGAAACUAGGUGUGCAGCAACUUUCCCCGUCCUACAUGACAGAGCUUGAGAGGAUUUGCGGAGAAGAAUGGGAGACUCUCCCCAAAUACUAG